AUGCGUUGCUCGUACGCCCCGACGCCCUCGACCUCGUCCUCAGCUCCCACCUCCGGCACCGCCUCGCGUCCCGCUCAACUCGGCAGUGUGCUCUACAAGGGCCCUGUACCGCCGACCAAGGGCACCUGGCUCGGCAUCGAAUGGGACGAGCCCUCGCGCGGUCGCCACAGCGGCGUAUACGACAAGACCGGCGUCCGCUACUUUCACCCGCGAAUCCAGGGAGCCGGCUCGUUCCUCCGCCCAGACGCCAAAGGGCUCGACCUGCGCGGCAAGACGUUCGAGGAGGCGCUCCGGGCCAAGUACCUCGACGACGACGACUGCGGCGACGGCGACAACAACGUCCUCGAGGCAAGAUCCGGGCCGCAGAUCGAUCCUCUCGACUCGAGCUCGACGACGCGGCGCUACGCGACCGACGGCAACUUUGACGUCGAGGUCGUCCUGUCGAGCAAGGUCACCGAGCGCUUCCACCAGCUCGGCCGGUUGCGCGAGGUCGGGCUCGAGUGGGAGAGUGUCAGCGCGGCGAUGGGUGUCACGGACGAUGGGGAGAGUCGGGCGAGGGCGCUCGGGGCGCUGCAGGAGCUGGGCAGGCGGCUGAGCAGACUAGAAGUGCUCAACCUGAGCUUUUCGCUCUUGCCGUCGCUGCACGAGGCGGCCGAGGUCGCCAACGUCCUGUCAAGGCUCGUCCACUUGUCGCUCAACGGCAACCGGUUCACGCGACUUGUCGAGCCCACGCAGCUCCCCGGCUUCGCGCGCUUGCGCCGCCUGCAGCUCAACAGUACGCUCAUGACCUGGACCGAGAUUCGACACGCCGCACCUUCGUUCCCGAACCUCGAGGAGCUCGAGUUUGGGCACAACCGUCUGCGCUCGUUGUGCGGGCCUGCAGGACAAGCCGACUCGAGCGCGUCAUCUCUUCUGAUCUUUCCCAAGCUGGUGCGGCUCAACCUCGAGGCCAACGAGUUGGGCGACUGGCACGAGAUCGUCGAGCAGCUCAACUGCCUCCCGAGCUUGACCGACCUCGUCCUGAGCAGCAACCGCCUGUCCUCCCUCGUCCUCCCGGAUUCCGCCAGCUCUUCAUCCUCGCCGACCGCCCACGUGCCUGAGCCCCGCCACCGGCUUCGUCAUCUGCGUCACCUCGACCUCGUCGACAACCUGCUCGACUCGUGGACCUCGAGUGUCGAUGCUCUCGGCGCGUCGGCGCCGACCAACUUUCCCACUCUGCAGAGCGUGCGGCUGCGCGGCAACGGCGUCACCUCAUCGAGGCCAUCUACGACAGCCGACGAUCCCGCCAACGCGGUACCCGACCGGCGCGCCGCUGAAGCGCAGCCCUCGCCCGCCUCGAACCCCGACCUCGCUCACGACCUCGAUCAGCCGCCCCACCCUGAGCCCGCCUCGCCUUACGGCCGCCUCCUCAUCAUCGCCCGCCUCGCCUUCGUCAUGGAUCUCGACGGCUCGCCCGUCUCGCGAGCUGAACGCGACGACGCCGAGCGCUUCUGGGUCGAGCAGCUGGCCAAGGGCGCCGAGGACGAGGCGCAGCUCGGCGAGUGGGCGAGGACGCGACUGCGCGAGGUCCGACUGAAGCAUGGCCAGGUCGAGCCGUCGAGGGACAAUCCGGCAUUCUCAACGUCCACGAGCUCGAGAGCCAAGCUCAAAGACCGCCUCAUUCACCUGCACGUCCGCCUUCCCCCGUCGACUUCCCCUUCCCCCUCCUCGACCUCCCUCGCCGUCCUCCCGUCUCUCCGCACGCUCCUCUUGCGCGCCCAGAUCGUUCGUAUAGCGAGACUGCCGCUGCCAAAGAGCCAGUACCGCCUCGUCGCCGUCCUCCAGCCGGCCGAGGGAGAGACGGACGAGGUCAGGGUCGAGAUUCCGCCGGCCGAGGAGGGCAAGGAGCUGAGCUGGUGGGGCAUCGGCGACGGCGAUACGGUCGAGGUCGUUCCGAUGGAAUAA